GUGGGGUAUUGAAAAGUCUUAAAAGGUAAAGACAGAAUCCUUUUGCGCUCUUUUUAAGUUUGCCUCUCAUUAUGCGCAAAUGCGCAGCAAAACAGACAUGAAACGUGAUUCCAGCAGCGUGAUGCACUGGGUUGCAACUACCGCAGCGCGCCAAGGAAAAAGCCCUUCAGUUCUGACCCCGUUGAUGGGAAAUGCGCAUCCAGAUUCUCUCACAUGACCAGAACGAGCAACUCCUCAAAUAGUUCACGGGGCUGAAAAGACCGAGCGAUUUGCUGGAGACAUUUAUAUCUUGGAGACGGUAAGCAUGGUUGGGACUCCUGGCCGUCGUGACUUGUGGCAGUCUGAAUGAAGACUGCGGAUGCGCUCUUUCCAAGUCUGGAUAUUCAGGCGGAGGCACCAUGGACGCGGCGGACGUAGUUGCUUCUUUGGUGAUUUUGGGGAUUAUCGUCGUGUCGCUGCUCUCCAACGUCGUAGUGCUGAUCUGUUUUCUCUACAACCCGGAGAUCCGCAAGCAGGUGCCCGCUCUCUUCAUCCUCAACUUGUCGUUCUGCAACCUGUUGCAGAGCGUGUCCAACAUGCCUCUAACUUUGGUCGGGCUCGUCACUUCGGGGCACCCCGGGGGCAGCGGCUUCUGUCAGAUCGUGGGUUUCCUCGACACUUUCCUCACCACGAACUCAAUGCUCAGCAUGGCAGCGCUCAGCAUCGAUAGGUGGGUGGCGGUGGUGUUCCCGCUGAGCUACCACUCGCGCAUACGCCACCGGGAUGCGGUCCUGGCGCUGGCGUACACCUGGACACACUCGAUGUGCUUCUCCGCGGUGGCCACCUGCCGCUCCUGGCUCGGUUACAACCACCUUUACGCGUCUUGCACGCUCUGCAGCGUCCGGGCAAAGGCGGCUGGGAAACAGUUCGUUGUUUUCACUGUGGCUUUGCAUUGUCUCACAUUCCUCCUCACGCUGAUUGUGAUGUGCGUAACCUAUCUGAAAGUGCUAAAAGUUGCAAGGUCUCACUGCAAGCGCAUCGACGUGAUCACGAUGCAGACGUUGGUGCUGCUGGUGGAUAUUCACCCCAGUGUUCGCCAGAAAUGCCUGGAGGAGCAGAAGCGCAGGAGGCAGAGGGCCACCAAGAAGAUCAGUACAUUUAUCGGCACAUUUGUGGUCUGUUUCACACCUUACGUCAUUACAAGAAUUGUAGAGCUCUUCUCCCCAGGGCCAAUAAACCCUCACUGGGGUGUCUUCUCCAAAUGCCUGGCCUACAGCAAGGCAGCCAGUGACCCGUUUGUCUACUCACUGCUGCGUUACCAGUACAGGAAGACCUGCAGCCUGCUGGCCAAUAAAGCUCUCAAGAGGAGUUCUCUGAACUCCUCCUCCUUCAGGGUAGAAAACAAAGCUAGGACUACUGCAGCCAAUUCCAACGCAACGGUCAGUAUCCAAGCACCAACUAACAAACCACUCGGCCAAUGAAGGCGAUCAUAUGCAGAGAUGUAUAUCCACCUCAAGUCGGCCGAUUGACCUCUUUGUAGCAUCAGAGCUCAAAAUGUGUGCCUCUCAGUUGUUCGCCGGGGAACAAGGCUGGUAAAACUCUAUAUCUAUUUUUAUAGGCAAAAUAGGUUCAUGAAAACAUCUGAGGCAAACGUGUUGUGUCUCUUUAUAAUGCCUGACUCACUGAGCUGUGCAUUUGUUUCUGCACAGGGCAUAAUAUUUUCAAAAGUAGGUCACAAAAAAAAAAAAAAAAAAACACAACACCUUUUUUUAUUAUAGUCACAGUUGUCUUUCUUAUUGGUUGCCGGUUAGAAAACCUUGCCAGGUCUUACAUAGAUGUAUAUACACAGACGCCCACACUCGCACACCUUACAACCUCCGAUCUAUGGGCAAAAAUGCUUCAUCGUGUCAAUUUUAUUUUCACACUGUCAAGAGGACAGUCUGUAGAAUACAAUACUACGUUAACUCAAUGUAUUGCCAUGAGGAAGUUCUUUUGUCCAUGUCUUGAUCACAGUGUGGAAUGUGUGCAUGUGGUGCUUAUGUGUAUGCAUGUAUAUGUAAAAACAUGCAUACCAAUUUCUGAUGUUUUAAUGCUAUCUGCAAUUUUAGCUCUGAAAACAAGUGUAGCUCUUUAACUUAUGCAUAGAUUAUCAUGGCAUUACUUUCUCAAUAGCUUAGUAGCCUCAUUUCAAAUUUACUCCAAGUGAAAAUAGUAUAAAGAAUGCAACACUUUCACUCAAGGACAGGGUGCCUUUUAUGGUAACUACAGGGUUUACAUCCCCCAUUGCUCUAAUGUUACAGAGAUGAACUCUACAGGAGUAUUUUCUUGUACCAUAGUGGCUCUUAUGUACUUUGCAGUCUGAAAAUACACUGAUUAGUCCAACACAUAUAUAACUGUGUUAAAUUCAUUUUUACCUCAGUAACGAUUUAUUAUUAUGAUGUUGGAGAAUUUGCUGUCCAUAGAAAGUACAGCAGUGGUAUUGUGCACUAAACUGAGGGUUUUUAUUGAAACCUCUGUAUAUUGUGACUGUAAGGUGUAACUUAUGAAGUGCCUUUUAGAUGAUGAAUUCUAGUUUAAUCAAAACACAACAGAUCGGACCUUAUAAAUACUUUCUCAGUAUUUUGUUGUUUGGUUGAAUACCGUAUUUUGUGAUGCAACCUCAUUGUUGAAAUCAGAGCUCCUUCUACACUGGAUGAUUCUCCUGUUCAAUACUUGUGAAAAGCCUUUAUCAUAAUCUUUUGAUAAAUUAUCUUUAGUGUAGAUUAAAACUUCUCAUAUUAUAAUUUUUUGAACAAAAACACUGGUGUUAUACUUAUUGACCUCUUUUGUCAAUAGUCCUUUGCCAUACUUCACAUGAAGUAUGACGUGCUUUCCCACACUAUACUGCAAUACUUCUAACAGUGAGCUAUUUUUCCCUUACCAUCCCGCCUCAAUGCGUGGAAAGAAAUGUUUUCUUUUCCCGUUUUUUAGGAGUAGCUAAGAUAAAUAGGUCUCAGUGUCAUGUCAUUUGUAAACAAUAAGCUAUUUUCAUUUCUCAUUGAAAAUAGAGCAAUGAACCUUUGACCUUUGACAGUUUUCUGGCAAAUAUCAUCCAAUUUUUAUCUAAAAUGUCCUGGUAUUUUUGGGAUUCCUUGCAGUUUAUUAAGCUUCCCUCGCCUGUGAGAUGAGAAACCAGGCCUCGAAGAGUCUUAGUAGGGUGCUUUUCCACACUUUGCUGCAAUUAACUUCAGAUUUUUUAUUUUUUUUUUCACUUGGCUUACUAUUCUUCUCCCUGUGUGUGGAAUGUUCUCCUGUUUUUCCAUUUUUAAGGAAAAGCAAAGGAAAACAAGCUUCAGCAUCACCUCCUGCUCUUCGAAAACAAAACAUAAUGAUGGAUAAAUUAACUUUAAGCAACAUCAAUAAAAAUCUAAUUGGAAAAAAAAAAAAAACAUUGGGGCAGGGGGAUUCUGAUAAAUGUGGCACUGGUGUGUUCGUUAAAAACAAAACCAAAAAAUUUGUAUUUUUUAAAAAGUGAAAAGGAUGUGCUGACAGUAGUUUUUUCAGUGUAAUUGUUCACUGUUGCAAUACAAGAUGAAUAUAUCUGAAGCCUUCUUACAAGUCUUCAACAGGGGUGUCAAUAAGUGUGCAAGUUCUGUAUGAUGAAAUGUCUUUUGACUGUGGUAGCAACUAGAGUAAGUGACAUUCCAGCUCAAGCAUCUCAAGAGGGGCUGAGUUAUAUCUAUAAUGUAAAAAGGUAGUUAUUUUUGACAACACUGGGAAAACAGCAUGUUGUUACUGUGACAGUAUGGCACCUUUAAAAAGGCUUGAAAGCUAUUUAUUUUUGUCUGACUGUGUCUGAUAUUUUGCUAAAUGCAU